AAUUGUUUUGGUGUCUCCUGAAUCAGCCUCUCUCUCUACCAUCGAAUUCCUCUCUCUCUCUCUCUCUCUCUCUCUCCCCGCCCCCCCAAAAAAAAAAAAAAUCUCUGCUUCGUCCUCAGCUCCCUUAAAAUCUAAUUGUCCCCUUACCCGGUCAGGAUUACCCGGAUCACUGUAUUCAAACACCGAAUUCCGAUCCUUUUUCCCAGGAAAAUUCCCUUUGAUUUUCUCGAGAAAGUUAGGGUUGGGUUUCGAUAAUAAUGAGCUUCCAGGAUCUCGAGGCUGGCCGCCCCUUCACUUCUAGGAGAGACCGCAUCAAUGGCAAGCAGGACUCCACACAAGCCGUUGCCUCCGGGAUCUUCCAGAUCAACACCGCCGUUUCCACGUUUCAGAGGCUAGUCAACACGCUCGGCACCCCCAAGGAUACGCCCGAGCUCCGCGACAAGCUGCACAAGACGAGGCUACAUAUUGGGCAAUUGGUGAAGGAUACGUCAGCUAAACUUAAACAAGCGAGUGAAAUAGAUCAUAAUGUAGAAGUUAAUGCCAGCAAAAAAGUUGCUGAUGCUAAACUUGCGAAAGAUUUUCAAGCUGUGCUGAAAGAAUUUCAGAAGGCUCAACGGCUUGCGGCUGAGCGGGAAACAGCAUAUACUCCUUUCGUUCCCCAAGCAGUUCUUCCUUCUAGCUACACAGCCAGCGAGAUGGAUGUAAGCAUAGAUAAGAGUCCAGAACAGCGUGCUCUUUUAGUGGAAUCUAGAAGACAGGAGGUCUUACUGUUGGACAAUGAGAUCGCCUUCAAUGAAUCUAUAAUUGAGGAAAGGGAACAAGGUAUACAAGAAAUCCAGCAGCAAAUUGGUGAAGUGAAUGAGAUCUUCAAAGAUCUUGCCGUGCUGGUCCAUGAGCAAGGAGCUAUGAUUGAUGAUAUUGGCUCCAAUAUCGAGGGUGCUCAAGCUGCAACUUCACAAGGGAACUCUCAACUUGUGAAAGCCUCAAAGACCCAAAGAUCAAAUUCGUCUCUGGCGUGCUUGCUCUUGGUGAUAUUUGGGAUUGUGCUUCUCAUUGUGAUCAUAGUACUCGCGGCUUAAUCAGAGUUUGAUUGGUCGUUGAGCAGAUGUGCUGGUGCUUAUCACAUUUGGAGGUUUCUGUUGGGUGGGGUGUUUGUUCUCCUGUAAUUGUGUUUGGGGGUCUUGAGGAUGUGUUUCAGCUUAUUGGGUUAUUGUCCGUUUUCCUAUUUAUAAUUAAUAUCUUUAUUCUUUGGGUUUUCUUGUCUUCAAAACGCUGUUGAAAGGGUUAAUGCCUUUCCCACGUUCCAUCUAGCGCUCCAGCUGGAUGUCUUGUAUGGAACCACCCUCGGGUAAUUCAACUAUGUACCUCUGUUGGCAGGUCCCCUCCCCAGUUUAAGAUAAGAGUCUAGGAUCAUCAUUUAAACUUUGGAAUGCCAAAGAAUAGCAUGGGUAAUGCAAGGUAGGGUGGUUGAACUAUUAGUAUGCUGGAGAGGGAUCACUGGGACACCACAGAUUGCAGACGCAUGGAAGAUGGCUCCUAUUUGUAUUUUUUGGUAUAUUUGGAGUGAACGAAACGAGCAACUUUAUGAGGAUAAUGAAUGUUCCUUAGAAGAGUUUCGUAAUUUUUUUUGGAAGACUUUGUUUUUGUGGGCCAUUGCUUUAGAUUUCAAUGUACUUAGUUUUCAUGAUUUCUUUGUAAUGGUUUCUAGUUCCUAAAUAGGUGUAUGCUUUUGUAUACUUCUAAUGUACUUGGGGUUAUGUCUAUCUUUUUAUCAA